ACGUCACUCGUCCGCGACGGCGCCUGCGCAAGUCAGCAUGCUGUCAGCAGGCCGCCGCGGUCCAGUCUUGCUACAGCUGCGGCGCCUCGGUAGGCGGCCAGUGAUCGCGACCUGCCCGUCACUGCGUGCCCUCGGACAAGAGCCCUUCGAGAGAGCCCGGUCACUGUGUCUCAAGUCCUCUCAAAGAGAAGCGCGGGAUGGAGAGGGGGAGCACAAGGCGACACCAAAGAAAGUCCCCAGCGCAGAGUCGCCUCCAUCUCUCCCUCCGAGCGUCCGUGGCUUUGGGACCAGAUGUCAUUCGUCCCUGGAAAGCCUCAGAAUGCCGACUCCUCGAGAGGAGUCACCCCCUCGAGAGCGCGAGGACUCGAGUGAAGCUCAGGGCCAGGCCAGCCCAGCACGCCGGGGAUCCGGGACUCCCUCACUAUCUGCCCUGGUCGAAGAACGUCCCGUCCCCUCUUCCUGGUCAGCUUCCAGAGAGGAGCCCUUUCGGGCUGGGGAACUGGUUUUAGCUGAGAUUGGGAAGAGAGAAACACAAUUUAAAAAGUUAUUUCGGUUGCACAAGGCCGGACAUUUAAACAGUAACUGGGGGGCAGUCCCGUUCAGCGACAUCGUGGGGAAGUUCCCUGGCCAGAUAUUAAGGAGUUCCUCUGGUAAGCACUUCAUGCUGAAGAGGCCGGCACUGGAAGACUAUGUAUUACUGAUGGAGAGAGGUCCUGCCAUAACGUAUCCAAAGGAUGUAAGUAUGAUGCUGUUGAUGAUGGACAUUCACCCAGGUGAUACUGUUUUGGAAGCUGGCUCGGGUUCUGGUGGAAUGAGUUUGUUUUUAUCCAAAGCAGUUGGAUCACAAGGACAAGUCAUAAGUUUUGAAAUAAGAAAAGACUACCAUGAACUGGCUAAGAAGAAUUACAAACACUGGUGUGAUUCAUGGAAAAUUAGUCAUGUAGAAGAGUGGCCAGACAAUGUGGAUUUCAUUCAUAAAGAUAUUUCAGGAGCGACUGAAGACAUAAAAUCUUUAACACUUGAUGCGGUAGCUUUGGAUAUGUUGAAUCCUCAAGUUGCUUUGCCUAUUUUAUAUCCACAUCUUAAACAGGGUGGUAUAUGUGCUGUGUAUCUAGCAAACAUCACACAGGUUAUUGAACUUUUAGAUGGAAUUCGCAUCUGUGAACUUGCUCUCUCAUGUGAAAAGAUAAGCGAAGUCAUUGUCAGAGAUUGGUUGGUUUGCCUUGCAAAACAGAAAAGUGGGAUUUUAGUUCAAAAAGUAGAACCUCAAAUCAGUGUGGAUUUACAAAUACAUUCUCAAAACAAAAGUAGAACUGAAGGAGAGAUGUUUCAAGAGGAUGACUAUGCAGAAUCACGUUCUGAUUUUCCAUAUGGACCAUCUCCCUACAUUGCUAGACCUAUACACUGGCAAACUGGUCACACAGCUUUUCUUGUCAAGUUGAGGAAGUUCAAACCACAACUUAACUGAGUACCUCAGAUGACAGCAACUGAUUUGAAGACAGAAAAGUAUCAAAAUACAACUGUAUAUUGCAAAUCAUUACUUUCAUAGAUUGGUAUUUUUAGCCAUUACUGAUUUGUGUAACUUUCACAUACAAUUUUGAAAAAUAACAAAAGCUAAAGAAAGAUGUGUAACAUUUCAAAAUUGCUUAAAUGUCCCAUUUUGACACUUGUCUUGUAGUUAGACAUAUUGUCACUAAUGAUUCCAGCUUGGUUUAGUUGAGCCAUCUCAUUCUUCACUUCCUGUAAACCACUCCAUAGAUUUGUCUUUCUUCGUGAAAUUAGUUUUCUUUUCUUUGUUUGAUUGAUGGUCAUUGGCUACUGAAAUAAAAUAUGCAUUUUAAGAUAAAUGUAAUGUACCUGUAUUUUAAAUACAUAUUUUAAUGGUUUGUAUGUAUCUUUAAAAAUUACAAAGUACACUUUUUACUUCAGAAUCAAUAGGGAACUUUUACAGGUUCCAUGAUCAUGUAAAAGGAGAUAAUUUUUAAAAGUCUGUUAGUGAUAGCUAUGAGUAUUUAAACUGGUGGCAAAAAAACUGUUAAAUCAGAAAUGUCAUAGUAAUACAUAGUGUACAACUAUGAGGUGAUUGGUAGUAAUAAUAUUAAGGCAGAUGGAAAAGGGGCAAAUGUAAGAAAAAGAUUGUGAAGUCAGAACCAGAUAAGUUGGUAAUUUAUUGAAUGUAAUGGGAGAGAAGCUAUAUAUUUUCAAAUUUUUAUCCUCUAUUCAGAAGCCCUUUCCCUUAAUUCUCUGGGCAAAACUGGACUCAGUCAAUAACCAGCUCAUAUACUUCCUCUGAAAAGUUUUCACCAUAGCUCUCACCUCACAGAAUUGUUUGUGCUCCUAAAUGUUGAUCAUGUAAUUAGCAUUGCCCUUAUCACAUAAUUUAUAAGCCCUGAUUAUGUCUUCAUUAAGCAUAAGGAUUUUUACCUUGGAUGACUAGAAUAGUGGUGACAAAAAUAGGAAAGUUCAGAGAAGGAUUUAUUUUUGAGGAAAAAUUAUUUGGGUUUAGAUUAUAUAACAGAAUGUCCCAUGCCUGCCUAUAAGACCCAGGACUAAGGUUUGGCAUAUUGCCUUUUUCCCUUGGCUUCACUCUAAAAUCUGAGGAGUCCUUAGGUAAUACAUAAUAAUGUAUAUCCAUGUUUCAGCUGGACUAGCCUAGGUGUCAUAAGGCUUCAGACAGUAUAAGGUGAGGAGAAUCACUGUACAGUUGAUUCUCGAGCAGUAUGGGGGCUAGGGGGUCGAGCCCCCGUGUGGUCAAAAAUCUGUAACUUUUGAUUUCCCAAAAACUUAAGUACAGUUGGCCCUUUUUAUCUGCAGGUUUCGCAUCCACAAUUCAACUGUUUUCAAUCCAGGGUUAAGAAUCAGUGGAUUGUACUAAUUACAUACUGUUGACUGGAAGCCUUACCAAUAGCAAACAGUCAAUUAACACAUUUUAUAUAUUAUAUGCAUUAUAUACUGUAUUAUUAAACUAGAGAAAAGAAAGUGUUAAUACAUUUACUGUAUUUAUUGAAAGAAAAAGCCACAUGUAAGUGGACCUGUGCAGUUCAAGCCUGUGUUGUUUAAGGGUCAGCUAGUUUAGUUAGUAUAGAAAUGUGCAGCCCUGGCCAGUGUGGCUCAGUUGGUUGGAGCAUUGUUCAAUCCUAGGUAUGUCCAAUCCGGGCACAUACCUAGGUUGCAGUAUUAACCCUGGUCCAGGUGCACUUGGGAGGCCACCAAUCGAGGCUUCUCUCUGCCAUCAGUGUUUCUCUCCCUUCCUCUCUCCCUUGCUCUCUAACCUUUUGGUGUCUCUGGGCCACAUUGGAAGAAGAAGAGUUGUCUUGGGCCAAACAUUAAAUACAUUGCUACACAUGAUCACAAAAAAAAUCUCAUGAUGUUUACCAGGUCUCAUGACACCCCUGCUAAAGGAAUGAAAAAAUGUCCUCGGGUGAGAAUUUUUAAAAAAUGUGCAGUGUAUUCAACUAGAACUGGGUUCCCAUCUUGCUGUUUUCAUUUUGAUGUUUUUUACCUGGCACCUGUGACUUUUCUGAGUUGGUCUCUUCAUUAGUAAAAUGAGUGUCAUAAUGCUACUUAAAGAUUUUGGUGGGGCAGGUCAGGUGUUAAAUGAGACUACCUUUAUAUGCCUAGCACAUGACUGGUGAUUGUGAUGUAUCUAAAUUUGUAAAGAAUGUUUUAUCUAUCCCUCCCCCUACCCACCUUGUCAAAAU